AUGAGAUUCUAUUGGCCAAAGAUAUUUGAUGAUUGUAUCAAAUUUGCUAAAGGGUGUCAGGAGUGCCAGAGGCAUGGUCCUUUAAACCAUUUGCCAGCAGUGGAACUCCAGGCGAUGGUUAAGCCAUGGCCAUUCAAGGCUUGGGCGUUGGACGUAAUAGGAAAAAUUCAUCCGGCGUCAUCGAAGCAACAUUCAUUCAUUCUGGUAGCAACUGAUUACUUCACCAAAUGGGUAGAGGCAGUCCAUUUGAAAAAUGUGACGCAGAAAGAGGCUAAUGGGUUGGCCGAAGCAGCAAAUAAAAUCUUCAUCGGCAUCAUCCGAAAAAUGGCAUUGUGGGCCCACCGAAAGAGUAGAAAUACUUCCACUGGAUUCUCCCCAUACCAAUUAACGUUCGGGCAAGAUGUUGUUCUGCCAGCAGAAUUUGUUGUAUCUUCACCCAGAGUGACUAAUACAACAGUGAGUAAUGACGAGACAUAUAUACAAGGAAUGUGGCAACAAUUGGAUGAGGUGGACACUGAUCGGUUGAAUGCUCUGGACUGA